AUGAAAAGGAAAAGAGACAACAAUACAGGAAACACAAGGAGAAGGCGAAAAGAUAAGAACGAAGGAGGUAGCAAAGGAGAGAGAACUAAAAAGAGAAAAGAAAGAGGCAAUCAAGCAAAGAAGAAUAGAGUAAAAGAUAAAAAAAAGUAG